AUGGCACCGCUACGCUCCUCCCCGCUGCAAUGGCUCUGCAGCCUGCUGCUGCUCGCCAGCGCCGCCAGCGCCCUCAAGUUCGAGCUGCCGUCGCACGGCGGCGCCGAGAACCACAAGAAGGAGCGGUGCAUCCGCAACUUUGUCGGCCAGGAGACGCUCGUCGUGGUGACGGCCACGGUGGACGGCUACAAGGGCGACGGCAUGACGGUCAACAUUCACAUUCGCGACGCGCUGGGCAACGACUACGCCAAGGCCAAGGACGUCGUCGGCGAGUCGAGAUCUGUCUUCACGUCCCACGCGGACGCGGCGUUUGACGUGUGCUUUGAGAACAUUCAGACUGGCACUCGCCGCCCCAACCCGUCCUUCCGCCACGUCGAGCUCGACAUCGACAUUGGCGCCGACGCCAAGGACUGGUCGGCCAUCCAGGCGACGGAGAAGCUCAAGCCCGUCGAGGCGGACCUGCGCCGGAUCGAGGAGCUGACGGCCGAGAUUGUGCGCGAGAUGGACUACCUGCGCACGCGCGAGCAGAAGCUGCGCGACACCAACGAGAGCACCAACACGCGCGUCAAGUGGUUCGGCAUCGGCACCACGUGGCUGCUCAUCGGCCUCUGGGGCUGGCAGAUCAUGUACCUGCGCGCCUACUUCCGCUCCAAGCACCUCAUCUAG